CUUGAACUGCCAAAACCUGAAUUUUAUACCAAAUGGAACUUUAACGGUCGAAGACCUUAAGCUUUGCCACCACAAGCAACUAUAUAUUCUCAUUUUUCAUCAUCCCAAACCUAACCCACCAUGCUCAUCCACCCACUUUCCACCGCAAAGUCAACGUUAAUAUGUACUUAUAUUUUAAUAAUCUUACAUAAAUAUAAUACAUUUUUGUAUAUCCUUGAGAAAUGUGUAGCAAUUAUUUCUUAAGUCUUAUAUCAGUUGAUUAUCUCAAAUUAUAUUAAUUUAACACCCAUUUGUGUGCUUAGAUUUUAGUGCUUUUUUGCUGUUUCCUUGACGUGAUUUGCGCUUUAUCCUAGUUCAUGAACAUGCCCGUAUGUGUUAUAAACUUAAUGUUCAAGAUUUUCCAGCUCUUUAGUUCACUUGGUGUUUGUUUCAAGCAAUUUUUAAUGCUGACUUUUAAGCUAAUGUACGUCAUUUCAUUGGAAGUUUUAGAUCAACUUAGUGCUAACUCUUUGAGUUUUUAUUACUGUUUCUUACUUCCUUGCCGACCCCAACUUGUUUGGAACUAAGACGUCGUAGUAGUUGUUGUCCAAUGUCACUUGGUGCUAAAACCAGGUAAUUAACAGUAUUUGGUCUGCUUAUAGAAAAUGAACUUAAUUUGAUAUUAAAUCUUCUGUUUUUGGUUUCAUUUGAUUAUUGGGAAAAUUGUAGGAUAGAAUUAUUGAAAUUUUAGUAUUGAUUGAGGAUGGGUGAGUCCAUCAUUUGCUUUAGAAAAUGUAGAUUAGGAAGAGUAAUGGGUUGCAUUCAGUUUGUGCUAGGUUCACUUGUUAUACUCGUGAGUCUUUCGAGUUUGUUUAGGUUUUAUUCUGCUGGAUUUUUCUUACACGAUGAGGAUAUAUGCCGCCAUUUUUAUGGAGUAAAGGAUGUUUAUGAUAGUUUCGAUAUAAGGGCACUGAGUUCUCGCGUUGAUGAAGUGCUCGAUAAGAUGGAGAGUUUGCAAGACAAAUUUGAAUUGAUUGUACAAGAGAUGGAGAAGAACAAAGAUGAGUUACAGAAAGGGAGUAUUCCCAAAUUGGAAUACAAGAGGUUCUUGGAAGAAGAGGUGAUUAAGCCUUUAUACUCUGCUCAUAUUGCCCUUAGGCAAAUUAGGAUGCCUAGAGUUGAAGGGAUUGGGAAUGUAACAAUUAAAGAAGAUCCCUUGAUUAAUAACUUUGUGAUUGAGGAGAUUCGAAAGUAUAUCACCCCGAAGGAGAAUAGACAUAAGAAGGUUAAUAUUUUUGGGACGCAGAAGAUUUAUAACACGAUAGGGCAUGCUUGUGUGUCGAUGAAGAAAGAAUUGGAGGAAUAUAUGGAUUAUGAUAUUGGUUCAUAUUGUAAAGAUGAUUGGAACAUUGCUCAGAAGCUUAUGAUUAAUGGCUGCGAUCCUUUGCCAAGGAGACGGUGUUUGGCAAGGGCCUCUAAGCUCUAUCAGAAGCCUUAUCCAAUGAACGAGUCCUUAUGGAGGAUCCCGGAUGGGAGAAAUGUUAGGUGGAACAAUUACCUUUGCAGGAACUACGAGUGCUUAUCGGGUAAGAAUCCUAAACGAGGCUACACUAAGUGCACCGGGUGUUUUGAAAUGGAGAAAGAAGAGCUAAAAUGGGUAACAAAUUCUUCACUUCCCGUGGAUUUCUUGAUCAGAGAUGUAUUGGCAGUUAAGCCAGGAGAGAUCAGAAUUGGUCUGGAUUUUGGUAUUGGUACGGGGACUUUUGCUGCAAGAAUGAGAGAGCAGAAUGUGACAAUCAUCUCAACUGCACUGAAUCUUGGAGCUCCUUUCAGCGAGACGAUAGCACUUAGGGGUUUGAUUCCACUCUAUGUGACAUUGAACCAGAGGCUUCCAUUCUUCGAUAACACUAUGGAUACGAUCCACACUGCUGGAUUUAUGGACGGUUGGAUCGAUCUUCAGCUGUUGGACUUCAUCCUAUUUGACUGGGAUCGCGUUUUGAGACCAGGGGGAUUGUUGUGGAUUGAUCGAUUCUUCUGUAAUAGGACUGAUCUGGAUGACUUUAUGUACAUGUUAUUGCAAUUCAGGUACAAAAAGCAUAAGUGGUCUAUUGCUCCUAAGGGCAAGGAUGAAGUUUACCUCUCUGCAUUGUUAGAAAAGCCACCUCGUUCAUUAUGAUGCGGAGCAUUAGAGCUGUCUUUGUUAUACUUGACACGUUAUUCAUAGGAUUCAUCUGUACUAUUUGUUCUGAUGUCUGCAAAUUGUAAGAAACUUGUGGUUCGCUUUAGUAUACUUGACAUUGUAUUCAUAGGAUUCAUCUUCAACAUUUAUUCUCUAUUGAAUAUUCUGAAUUUAGCAUUUACCUUACUGUUGUUCAUGAAGUGCAAAGGAUGCAUAUUGCUCAAUAACAA